AUGUCAACCCCAAACAACACCAACUCAGCCAGCAAACAGGCUAGCAAUUCCAAACCAGACAUCAGCGAUAACAAUCCCUCACGUCGACCCUGGCGCCGCGACCCCAACGGAGUCGAUAACAUCGGCCGCGAUGGAGUGCUACGUUCGCUAAACGCCGACCGCACUGUUGUAUUGGAUGUGCGCCGCCUUUCGCCUGAAGAAAUCAAGGAGAUUAUAGCCCCAGCUGAUCAGGCCACCAGGGAUGCGUUGGUUGGUGUCGAUGGCCGCGAUGUUACUGAUGAAGCGCAACUGUGGGCUGUUCCGGUUGUGAACUCAGUGGCGGAUGAGUCAAAGAUUUACAAGCCUGCUGUUUCGAAUGAUCAGAAGAGUAUAUCGAAGGACUCGUCGGAUAGCACGCCUGCUAAACGAGCUUGA